AUUUUUCUUAUUGACUUUUUUUUAAAAAAUCAUAGCAAAUAUUGAUAGAUAUUAUUAUUCAUUAUCAAAAUAUUAUAUCAAAUGAUUCAGCCUUUAAAGACAUCCAUAUACGUCAUAACCAGAGGCGACGAUGGUCACCAAGAAGAUAUCGCGUUCAAUAUUUCUGGGGUUCAUUUGGUUAUUUUCCCUCAACCAACACGCCCAUUCUUACAAAUUGAUCAAGGAUUGCCCGGAUUUCAGCAAACGGCCCAAAAUUUGUCAGUGCAUCAGCGACCCGGCCGAAAUCCCUUCCGUGAUAACGAGAUUUCCUCCAGGGAGAUACGAGGAUUUAAAUGGAACACUUUCCGACGUACCCUUGAUGAUAAUUAAAUGCUCCCACGCUAACGCCAGCUUGCUGUUCGGCGACGAGGGGUUGGCCCGGCUCAAAGACUUUUACAGGGCCCGGAAAAAAUGGGCGUCUUGGAAUGUCAGCAGUAUCGUUCUCUUGUUAGAGCGUAACUUUUUGGACCAAUUGGGCUACGACGGUGAGGCGCAAAGUGAAAUGGCGAAGAGCGAAUUUCAAGGGCUCGAGGAUGCCGUAAACCAUCUGAUUCUUUUUGAUAACCGUAUCUCCAAAAUAUCUCAGAUCACGUUCGCGCCCUUGUUCGAAAAUAUCGAGGUUUUGACGAUAGUCGAGAAGUUACCGGGCGGCGAGAACGAGGACAAACAAAAAAUGGAGAACAUAUUUUUCGUCAUCAUGGAAGCGUUGGAGGGGGAAAUGAAUAAGCUCGUAUCCCUGAAUUUGGAGUUGUCCACGGUGACCUACAUCCCGCAGGGUAUAUUCCGAAACUUAAAAACGCCGAAACUACGUUAUUUUUCCUUCAAAUCCAAUUCUUUAAAGGAUGUGUACGAUGGUUCCUUCGAGGGCAUAAACAAGAAUAUGACAGAGGUCUACUUGCACGGGAAAAGAUUUAAGGGCAUUCCUUGGAACGCCCUAAACCAUUUCACCGAGUUGCAACAACUAUGCCUGUCUAUAGAGAUAGGAAAUUUAAGCGUGUCGAAGUAUGACCACGUAUUCAGGCCCCUACCUUCAAUAACGCGCCUAAAUUUAGCGGGCUCUUAUAUCGAAUCCAUACUCGAUAACGCUUUCCCACUCAAUAGUUCGUUAACAGAUUCGUUGCUCCAUUUGAAUUUAGAAGGGGUAUCAUUGAAACGCCUCUCCCCGGAUGCCCUGGCUGGAUUACCCAAUUUAAAGGGAUUGUAUUUGUCGGAGAAUUCCUUGGAAUCGUUCGAUACUAAAAUGGUGAGCGGAUUGAAGAAUUUGGAACUCCUGAGCCUCGAUCACAAUAAACUGAAGUCCCUGGAAGAUUCUUCCGAAUAUCCUUUCGGGAGUAAGUUGCUAAAGUUACAGUUGAGCGAUAACGAGUUGGAAAAAUUCCCGGCAAAUUUCGUAAAUUCCUUGACGCGUUUGGAAGAGCUCGACGUGUCCCGUAACAAUUUAACCUUAUUGGGACCCUUAACAUUCCCCCACGGCACCAAAAUCAGGUCACUAUUAUUGGCCGGAAACAAUAUCAAAGAAAUCCCAUCUCACCUGCUAUCCCCACUCAGGGAAUCGCUCGAGGUACUGGACCUAUCCAGAAACGCGUUAUCCGAUCUGCCCAAAUACCUGCUCAAUAAUUUCCCCAAAUUAUCCCGUUUAAAUGUGGGGCAUAACAAUUUGAAGGUGUUGGAUAUCGUUAUCUUAUUCGAUCAAAUGGUCGACAUGAGUGAAUCCUUAAAAUUCAUGGGAUUACUCGGUAACCCUUGGAUGUGCGAUUGUAGAUUAAAAGUGUUCAUCACGCUCAUUUAUAACAAAUUCCAGGAUAUGACUAAACAAGAAGUCACGAUUCAAACCAAAGAAUUAUCGGAAUCUAUCUGUCAGGGACCUGGAAAUAUGAAAGGCAAGUCCCUUUUCAGCCUUUUGCACGAGGAUCUAUGCAAUAGCACUUCAGUGGCUCUCAAUAAUGGCUCAACUGCAUUGUUAUAUUCGCAUUCCUCUAAAGAAAAAGGGGCCGCUAAUGUUUCGGGUAUCCCGCUAGAUAUCUUUCCCGAUAAUUCUUCCUCGAAAUUGAAAUAUUUUUACGAACGAUUCAUGGUCUACAACGACAUAGCUAGCCAGCCCGUCAAAUCGCGCUUCAAAAUAACGAUGGCCUGUUUGUCCGCCAUCGUUUUGGUGGCGGCCGCCAUUUAUUUAGUCGUCAAAUACGAAUAUAUUGUAACGAGGGUUUAUAAGCAUCCCGUGUUUAAAACCUCCGAGCCAUUCGACAGAAACUUUUUAUACAUGAAAAUGCAAAAUAAGGAUUCUACAUGAUAAGUAGUCUACUUUCCGUUAUAUAUUGCCCCCGGUCCUAGCUCACUGGAAUCAGCUGCGAAUUUACUCGCCGAAUUUGCGAAUUAAAACGCAAAUUGAAUUGGUUUAACUACUUUUCGUAAUAUAUCUUGGACAACGCUCAUUUGAUAUC